CGUGAUAGCGCAGCGCGUGUGUGUGACGUCAUAGACAGGAGCCCUUUCUUGCCUCUAAAAUGAAGUGACCUUCCUCUCACUCCUUGAUACAGAGGCGAUCCGGUGUCGGAAUACCACAGUCCGCAAGGAGCUUUCUCACUCGGCUUAAAAGGUCUAGGAAAAUAUGGGUGACGUUGAAAAGGGAAAGAAGGUUUUCGUCCAAAAGUGUGCCCAGUGCCACACGGUUGAGAACGGAGGCAAACACAAAGUCGGGCCAAAUCUUUGGGGUCUGAUUGGUCGCAAGACCGGUCAGGCAGAGGGCUUCUCCUACACGGAUGCGAAUAAGAGCAAAGGCAUCGUUUGGAGUGAAGAUACCUUGAUGGAAUAUUUGGAAAACCCAAAGAAGUACAUUCCAGGCACAAAGAUGAUCUUCGCUGGCAUCAAAAAGAAGGGAGAGAGAGCAGAUCUUAUUGCAUAUUUGAAGUCAGCAACAUCAUAAUGCUGAUGCAGGAAGAGGGAAUAUUUAACUUUAAAUGUUUGUAGUUUGAAUUUGCAAUAUGUAUUGAAACCUGUGGCAGAUCAAAUAACGAGGAAAAUGAAUUUUAGGUCUUGUAGGUCCAUUUAAGUCUAUUUCAGUAGUGGCGAUUUUUAAUUUUUGUCUGUCCAUCUCACAUUUAGAGUCAAGUUACUGCAGUUCCUCAGUGUUUUCACUGAAAGAAUUAAAAUGCGUCCCCUGGUUUCACAGGAGCUGUUGGUUAAAUUAUUGAACUGUGCUGAAACCUGUCGUAUUUGAAUUGCGAUGAGUGACUGUGAAACAAGCUAAUUGCAAACUAUUGUAUUUACCAGGUGGAUUUGAACUGUCAAAUAAAAUCAAAACCGUCUUA